UUUCCUUAUGAAGGUACAUAUCUAAUAAACAUGGCGACUGCCAAGUGACAACGCGUUUUGCUGUAUUAAUUGCUUUUCAAUUUUGAGUUUAUUACAUGAUUAUAUCUAGCAAGUAAUUUAUAAAAUAAGACAAUUUUCUAUUUUAUUAUUUCAAAGGAACAUAGCAAUUAAAUAAUAAAAUAAUUUUUUGAACAAAAUCAUCGUAUUGAAACAAGCUUAAAAGAGGAAAAUACUUAGAUUGAAUAAAAAUGCCUACACAAACAACAGAAAAUGAUGAUAUUCGAGUGAAAAUUAUUUAUAAUGGGGAAGUGCAGAUUACGUAUAUCACUCCUGGCAUUUCAGUAGACACCUUACGAGAAGAAAUGCGUACAAUAUGUGGAUUUGGUGCUGCAGGACUAGAUCAGUUUACAAUGAAAUGGGUUGACGAUGAAGGGGAUCCAUGUAGAAUUGCUUCUCAACAUGAACUGGAUGAAGCAUUACGUCUUUAUGAAUUAGAAAAGGAUACUGAAAUUACUAUACAUGAACAAAAAAAUCAUUAAAGUUGUGAAAAAAAAAUAAUAUUUAUUAGAAUAAAGGAAGUACGAGUGAUAUAAAAAGUGACAAAAGUGACAAAAGUGAUAAAUAAAGAAAGUAAACGCAAUAAAAGAAAAACAAUAAGAAGACGAAAAUGAAAGAGAAUAUCGAGAAUAAAGCUAAAAAAGAAAAGAUAACAAGUGAUUAUUGAAGAUAAGAAAAAUUUGAAAAUGGAAAGAGAAGAAGCACAGGAAAUGAAUAGGAAAGAAAGAAGAAGGAUUGGAUAGUUUGUCAAAGAGAAAUCAGUUCUGUUUUUCAGAGUGUGCCUUUAUUUUAGCGUUUGCGCAUUUCAUGGAAUAAAGCGCGUCGGGCGGCGGCGGUAGUUAACGAAUCCCGCGGCAGCAGUCGAUAUUCUUACGCGAACUGAUUAGCCACGAAGUUUUCUCGCGCAAGUAUAUUCAAACCGACUGUUAAAACACAUUUAAACGUGAGAAUAUAAUUAAAAAAAACAUCUUUUUAAAGAAAAAAAAUAAAACAAUAAUAAUAAUAGUAAUAAAAGAAAAAAGAAAACAAGAAAUAAAAUAAAAACACGAAAUAAAGAAAAGAGAAAUAUAAAUCGAAGAAAAGGAAAUAUAAAUCGAAGGAAAAAAGAAAUAGGUUGAUUAGCUUGAAACAUUGAUACGAUAACAAUAUUCUGAGGAGAAGUUUGCCAUAGACUAUUUCAAUAGUCGGUGAUUUAUGUCGAGAGGUUGUGACAGCAUACCUUUAACAAUCGCUGUUGUUAGUGAAGAGGUUGCAAAAGUGGCGAUAAACCAGCAUCGAUCGCGCUGACUCGUCGCAUUCUCAGCCGGGUUUUCCUGCAAGAGGUCGGGCUACGGUAAAA